CAAUAAUUUGGAAGGUCAACUGAACUUCCAUGCUGACAUGUUGUACUGCUGUCUUUCGAGAGAGCUCAGUAGCUGGGACAUGGUGACUGGUAAGGGUGACCGAAUACAAGACCAAAAAGUCUCAAAUAACAAGCAGCACGACGAGAAACAGAAUUUUUUACUUUUGUAAGUUAUCAACCAAACCGUGUAUCUGGAAGUUAAUUGAGCAGCUGCCCUUCUGCACAAGAAACGAGGAAAAGGCAUUCUCAUGUCGGCAAGGUUUCAUCAGAUUGGAGGAGAGCAGGUGACCUGGACACUGGUUCUCUCUGUGUUUUCUGCGGUUCUGGGCUCGCUGCAGUUUGGCUACAACAUUGGAGUCAUCAAUGCUCCACAAAAGAUCAUUGAACAGUCCUAUAAUGAGACAUGGAUGAGACGCUAUGGAUCCCCCAUUCCUCAUUCGACACUGACCACCCUCUGGUCUCUUUCAGUUGCCAUCUUUUCCAUUGGUGGCAUGAUCUCAUCGUUCUGUGUGGGCAUCAUAUCCGAAUGGCUGGGCAGGAAGAGAGCCAUGCUUAUCAACAACUUGAUGGCGUUCAUAGGUGGAGCUCUGAUGGGUCUCUCCAAACUUAGCCAUUCAUAUGAAAUGCUGAUUCUUGGUCGCUUUGUGAUUGGAGCGUACUCUGGUUUGGCUUCAGGUCUUGUCCCAAUGUAUGUAGGGGAGAUUUCUCCAACAAGGCUACGGGGAGCACUGGGAACACUGCAUCAGCUUGCCAUCGUAAUUGGCAUUCUUAUUGCUCAGGUUUUUGGUCUGGAUAGUAUAAUCGGAACAGAAGAGCUAUGGCCACUUCUGCUGGGAAUGACUGUACUUCCAACUGUCCUACAGAUGACGUUCCUGCCAUUUUGCCCUGAGAGCCCUCGUUACCUCUAUAUCAUACGGGGAGAGGAGCACCAUGCUAAGAAAUGCCUCAAGCGGCUCACUGGACAGCAAGAUGUUAGUGAUGAUCUAACUGAAAUGAAAGAAGAGAAGAGGAGAAUGGAUAUGGAGUGCAAGGUUUCUAUCUUGGAGCUCUUUCGUUCCCCACAGUAUCGCCAGCCCAUCAUUAUUGCCAUUGUGUUACAGCUGUCUCAGCAGCUUUCUGGAAUCAAUGCUAUCUUUUACUACUCAACAAACAUCUUUGAGAAAGCUGGAGUGGGAAGCCCAGUCUAUGCUACAAUAGGAGUGGGUGUUGUGAACACUGCCUUCACCAUAGCAUCGUUGUUCCUGGUGGAAAGAGCGGGCAGAAGGACACUCCAUAUGCUGGGCUUGGCAGGGAUGUCAAUCUGUGCCAUUAUCAUGACCUUGGCACUCGCGCUGUUGGAGCGGGUCCCAUGGAUGAGCUACAUUAGCAUGCUGUCAAUAUUUGGUUUUGUGGCCUUAUUUGAGAUUGGCCCUGGACCCAUUCCUUGGUUCAUUGUAGCUGAGUUGUUCAGCCAGGGACCUCGACCAGCAGCUAUGGCAGUAGCUGGAUUUUCUAACUGGACUUCCAACUUCAUCAUCGCAAUGAGUUUCCAGUACAUAGCGGACUACUGUGGGCCAUAUGUCUUCCUCAUCUUUGGUGUCUUACUACUUUUUUUCCUACUCUUCACAUACUUUCGGGUCCCCGAGACACGCGGCAAGACUUUUGAUGAAAUUUCCUCUGGCUUCCGCCUGCUCAACACAGAACAGAAACAGAGCACAGAACUGGAGUACUUGGGGGAUGGCAGCAUUUCAUAGGCGCUGAACGACAGCCACUGGAGACCACCAGGCUUCUUCACGUUUAUGGACUGACCAAACGAAGACUGUUGCUAUGAAUAGCCGAGUUUAUUGUGUACGGCCUCCCCUCAAGACGCCAAUCUCACCGAGGAGAAAAAGACUGUGCCCCGGGGGCUGGUUUGACCACACCAUCUCACUCCCAUUCUUGCUCUGCAUGCAACUCAAGCCCAGACCUGGACAAGCAACUAACCGUGAUCUUCUGCAUGUCCUUCUUCCAUCAACAACAGUCUGCAUCCAAAGGUAUCUACAACUUUCAGGAAUGGACCGAUUUCUUCCAGGUUCCUUGUCUAAUACUCCAUACCCAGAUGGCUGGUUUGCCAUUUUUUUUCUCCUCGGACAGAAGCAGGUUUGGGUUGGGGGUUAGGAUAAAGAACUUCACGCUUAGUUUUUAUUUACACAUUUCAGAGAUUCCAAACACAAACCUUCAGUAUUCAAUCUUCAAUUUAUCAAAACCGAUGAACCUCCUGUAUUACAUUAAAUGCUUGUUUGCACAAAGGCCAUCCCAGGAUGGUCACUGUAGGCACAGGGUUUGGUAGCAGCCAGUUACUACCUACAGGUCAGUUUAACUUGCCUUUUUACUCAAAGACCUACCAAAUGUAAAUGAAAUCUUCAUCCUGUUAGCACCCAUCAUUCUAAACCAUUUAAAAUGAUGGGUGCUAGGGCAUUUGGAGCCAAUCCACAGUGUCCUGGACCAGAGCUGCAGUGCAUCACAGGCUGAACACAAACGCAUCCCAAUUUAGCAACUGUGUGCUUUAAUUGUAAAGUCAGGAUCACGUGGACAGGUAUCGGUACGAAGGUCGUGCAAUGUCAUUUGCAAAUGUUUGAGACUUGUGGAUAAUUUUAUAGAAUUAACACACUCCAUAUAGCAGACCCAACCGAAACAAAGGAAAUGCU